GUCAGUGUGUGGAAGUUGGAGUCUCGCGCAGCAGAGCACAAUCUCAACCAAAGCAUCUAGACCUGAGAGUAACAACUAUAAAAUACUCGCGUCAGUAACGUUGCUCAAACAUCGGUGUUUGAUCAAAAGUCUAUUACAAAGAUGACCGACGCGGUGUUUCCCAAUGGCGGUGGCUCGGACUUGCCACUGCCCGACCUGGACUAUUUCAAAAAGGGUUGUAAUCCGCUUGCUCAGACAGGCCGCAGUAAACUUCAGAACCAGAGAGCUACCCUAAAUCAACAGAUUAUUAAAGAGAUGCGACUGAGGGCCGGUGCUGAAAAUCUCCUGCGGGCAACCAGUAACCACAAGAUUCGAGAAAUGGCAACGUUGGAACUGAGUUAUGUAAACUCCAAUCUGCAGCUAUUAAAGGAGGAAUUGGAGGGGCUUAACAGUUCAGUUGAGGUUUAUCAGAAUGUAGAGGAGGUUGCUGCUAUUCCUUUGAUUCCAUUGGGACUUAAAGAGACAAAAGAAGUUGAUUUCACAGUCCCCUUUAAGGACUUUAUUCUGGAGCAUUACGGUGAAGAUGGCUCGGUGUAUGACAGUGAGAUAGCUGAUUUUAUGGAUUUACGGCAGGCCUGCCGUACUCCCAGCAGAAAUGAAGCUGGUAUUGCAUUGCUGGUUAACUAUUUCAGCCAACUCAGCUUUACUGAAGCCAGAUUCUUCACACCAAGCAAGCAUAUAGGUGUUUACUUCACAUGGUAUGACUGUUUUACAGGAGUCCCGGUGUGUCAGCAAAACAUCUCGUUGGAAAAAGCGAGUAUUCUUUUUAACAUUGCAGCUAUAUAUACCCAAAUUGGCACUCGAUGUGAUCGACAAAGUGUUUCAGGGCUCGAUAACUGCAUUGAUUCUUUCCAAAAAGCUGCAGGUGUACUGAGCCAUUUGAAAGAAACAUUUACCCACACUCCCAGUUAUGACAUGAGUCCAGCCAUGCUCAGUGUUCUGGUGAAAAUGAUGAUUGCUCAAGCUCAGGAAAGCGUCUAUGAGAAAAUUUGUUUACCUGGAAUAUGUAAUGAAUACUUUUCACUGUUGAAAAUGGCACAGGAGUCUGCAAAGGUUAGUGAGGUGUACAAGAUUGUGCUGAGUUCAAUGAAUCAGACACCAAUUAAAGAAAACAUUCCUGCUUCAUGGGCAGCUAUGGUGCAAGUGAAAGCAGAACACUACAAAGCUCUAGCACAUUAUUUCAUGGCAGUUGCACUGCUAGACCGCCAGUUAACCCCAGCUGAUGAUGAAGACAAGCAGGAGAAAGCCCUAUCACAGGUGUAUGACACCAUUCCAGAUGGAUUAUUACCUGUGAUGAUCCUGAAGACCAUAAAUCACCGUAGUCGAAUAGGGAAGGCCCACUUACAUAAAGCCAUAAUGUGUCACGAAGAAGCCAUACGAGCUCUCAGCUUGUGUAGAAACCUAAGAAGGCUAGAUAUCGUUCAGGAAAUUCUUUCUGUUGCUCACAAGCGAUCAUUGAACAAAUAUGCAAUGUAUGAGACUGAGGAUGACUUUGUUAGUUACAUGGAUGCACCUGAAUUAGUCUCUUAUAGUGAACAAAAUGCUGAAAUGGUGCCAUUUCACCUGUCAAAGGUGAAAGUCAUAGACUUUUUCCAAAGGCUGGGUCCAUUGUCUGUGUUUUGUGCUAAGAACAGACUGAUGGCUCCACGAACAGUCCAUUUAGUUCCUGAGAAUGGAGACCUGGGAUUUACUCUAAGGGGUGGUAUGCCAGCCCAGGUUAACUGUCUGGAUCCUCUUUGUGCUGCUGCAAAUGCUGGACUGAGGGAAGGAGACUAUAUUGUUUCUGUUGAGCAAACUGACUGCAAAUGGCUGGGUGUGACUGAGGUUACAAACAUGCUGAAGGCUAUGGAUGAAACAGGUGUUAUAAUUCAAGUCGUAAAUGUCCAGGAUCCAUCAUAUAUGACCAGCAAAAGUGCCACCUACUCCGGAGCAAUGCAGAAAACCUACUCCAUGAUUUGUUUGGAUGUUAAUGAUGACAGCGAUGGAAAAGCAAAGACAGUCUCCAAGAAACUGUCAUUUCUCAGUUGGGGAGUCAAGAAGAGGCAAAAGGCUACAAGCACAAUCAGCAUUCCAUCUGCCAUAGCAUCAAGUUCGCAUGCAGAAACAAGACUUUCAGCUGCCUUUAGCAAUGACAGCUCUGUGCUUUGAAAGACUUUACUAACAGAAAAAAACUCACAUUGGAAAAACAUUUUCAGACCUGGGCUGAUGAAGUAAUUGAACAUCUACUGUGUAUCUUUUAGAGGGUUUAACAUUGUAUUUCCAAGACCAUAAUUUGUAAUACAGUAUACCACAAGAGGAAGUACAUUCAUAUGAAUACCCAAGUCAGUCCACUAGCUUGUGUUGUUCAGUACAAACCUUGCUACCAAAGGUUCUCCUACUGAGACAAGAGUUACCACAGAAAAUCAGGCUAAAUAAUAAUUUAUUUGGGUAGACCCCCAUGGAUAUAGUCAGAUCACAUCUCCUCAGUAUAGAAUUGCCAUGUUUCUUCAAUCUUAGUGUUACAUUUAUUAUACAUGUAUCAGAGUACUUUUAGAGUAAGUGCAGAUAAUGAACCAAAGGCCAUUGUUUUAUUGUGUUCAAUUAAAACUUAACACAGACAUUGCUAUUUUAUGCAAGUGCCAUUUUGUAAAACAUUUAUUUCUACCACUUAUUCCAAAUAAACAUGUAACCACUACUGUUUCAGAAGGGAAGAAAGGAUUCAAAAAUGUAGACUAAAGUGUUCCAGAACAUUUGUUAAGUACUUGUUACACUGUUUAAGUUGUGCACUUCUUGCAUAUUUUUUAUUUUUUUUUUUUUGUUAAAGAAAAUAUUCAGCUCUUUCAUCUGAGCCUACAUACACUGCAGUGCUUAAAAUGUGUGUGUUAGUCCUUAUAGGAAGUAGGGGCAUUGGAUACUCAGAUCUGUCCAUGUGAAAGGACUGUGGAAAUUGAUAUAAUAUAGUAUUCUUACGUAGCUCUUCCUUGCUUGUCAGUAGUUGUUCUCGUGGUUACAGAUUUGGAAUUUGUGUUGCUUCAUUCCUGAAUUUCUAGGUUUUCCUAGCAAGUAAUAUUUGUGAAUUGCAUGACAGCACUAAGUACCAAAGCCCAUGAUGAAAAUGUGAAAAUUACUUUGAGACAGAAAUUUCAAUUAUAUGAAUUUAUUGUAGUUGUUUAUUGCUACAGAAACAUCAUUUAACAGAAGAAUUCUGAAGUUUAGACAGAAGAGGAAAGGAUCAUAAUGCUGGCAUUUUUUUAAUUGAGGAAGGCGUUGAGGGCACCAUUCCUUCCUAUGGGAACUAACAUACAUUUUUAGAAGUAUACUGUGGGACAUGCCUCAUCGAGAUGAAUUUUUUUUUCUUGCCAAUUAUCUUCAAGAAUCGUACUCCCUGAUGUUUAACAUGUAACCAAAUGAGUUUGUGAAUACAUGCCAAGAGUGCAGAAGGACCAUCUGACAUGUAAGGUAGUUUAGACUGCCAUUCAUUUCAGUUAUGUAAAAUGUUAAGUAAUUAGAACGUGCUACUGCUCCAUUUUAUGAUACCUGGAAACUAAUUUGCUAACACUAACUUGUUCGUGUUAGGUUAUAUUAUCUACAGAGUAGAUUAUGUAUUAUUUGAUACUCAAAAGAAUUUACACUGGUGUUAAUAAUACAAUAAGAAAUCAAUAUAUCUAGAAAUUUGUAAAUACGGAUUUUUAAAAAUUAUAUACAGUGUAACAUUAAAUUACAUGGGUGUGAUUUGAGGUAUUGUUUAUAACACACUUGAUAUCUGUAAGUAAUGUAUUUCUAUAUUUAACAGUUAAGUUUAAAUCAAAUCAUCUUUUGUGACCUUAUAUUCAUGUUCUACAGAAAUAAUUGGAUUUUAUUUUAUCACUCACAUUUAUGAUGUGCCAGUAUAUCUGUAAGUAAACUGUGAAUUACGCUUCCUUAACUGGUGAUCAUUAUUUUGUUUCUCAUAUGAGAAAAAAGAUUGGAUUCUUUGAUUGUUGAAAUAGCUACUAGUUACCCUUUGGUAAUGUUUUUAAUUUCUGUUUUCCCUUUCUAUAUGUCCAUAUUUAAAUUUUACUUCUGCUACAAGCUUGCAGACUUUAGGCAGCAGCAAAAUGUGUGUUGAGCAGACACAUUCUUUUUCUUUACCUAAUUGUUUAUAAUUGACAGUAUAUAGAUGGAUGCAGUUUGCUCAGCUUGUGAGCAUUAGAAUAUGAAUAGCACAGUGCUGCCUUGUUAUUUCUUUGGUUUUGUUCCCAGCUGGGUGCCUUCAUCAGAGUCUGGAUGUCCUCCUUGUGUCCAUUUGAGUUUUGAGUUUUUCCUAGGUUUCUAAGUUUCUUCCCACAUCCUGAAGACAUGCUGACAGGUGAACUGGCAGUGCUGUAAUAGAUGUGUAUGUAUGCAUCCCAGACCAGUUCUCUGAUUUACUUUUUUGGUUGCUGGGACAGACUCCAGCUUCCUCACCACCUUCAAUAUAGGUUAAUAAAAUAAUCUAACAAAUUAAUAUUUGUGUAAAAGUAAUAGUUACAAACUUUUGUUUACUGAAAACAGAAUGCUGACUAUACCUGAUACUGUAGCUGAACUUGGUCUACUUAGCUGAAGAUCUCGUUGCUGACUUCAUUGUGCACCACCCAAAGAGUCAGUGUUUUCCUUUGCACUUGAAAGAGUGAUGGUCUUCACUGGCACUGCUGUUCUGUGGUUAGCUGACAAAGUGAAGGAAAGUAGCUGUUUUGUCCAUAAUAAGAUGUGUACCUACUCAUGUUUACUGUCAAUCUAAAAGUCAUAUAGUGUGCAGCAGCAUUUCACCAAGCUUCCACUCAGUGUGGCAGUCCAUUGCUACACCGUUAGUGUACUUCAAACUAAGGUUUUUAAACAAGGCAAAGUAGUACUGUUAUAUUUAAGAACAUGAAACUCAUUUAUCAGAUAGUAAAAUCAGUCUUUUAAUGCAACCUCAACCAUUUUUUGAAACUGCACUCCCAGAGGUUUUCAGAGUUAAAUUACUGGUGAUGUACUUAAAAGUACUGAAAUAAAUUUCUUGAAAUUUAAAA